AAACAUUUUGGAAUAUUUAUCAGGAUGGUCUUGCGGGGUGGGUAAUGAGUUUGGCUGUUUGACAUCUGUUUCCCAGGAGACUCUGGAAAACGCAGGGGCAGAGUCCCCAACAGCAGCUGAGGGCUGCAAGAGACUAGGUACCUGCUUGUGGAGUUUUUUGUCCCGGAGCAAGCUGUGUGCUCAGACUUGACCAUGUUUGGGCAUGGAGGCUCGACCCAGAUGGAACUGAAGACUGCUUCCCUAGAGACCAACUGGAGACCAAACUUCCUGCUAGAGCUCCAAGGCCUGACUUGGGGUGGGGGGGUGGGGGCCAGUGGAGAGAAACCAUCUGCCAGCGGAGACCCAGGGAACUGUGAGUGCUACAUCCCUGAGAGUUUGGGAAAGGCUUCUGGGAAGCCAGGGCUGAGGGGAGAUGGUGGGAGACAGCAGCCUGUGACAGCAUGGAUAGGGUGGUGAAAAUCCCUACCUCUCCUGCUGCCCAUUAGAGUUCUGGCACCGGAGGGCCUGCCUGGCCUGUUGACCCUGGUCUAGACCUCUCUUCUGUGGCCAGCCAGGAGGUCAGGACCUGUCUUAUCACUUGUCAUCAGGAUAGGAGUUGACAAACAGGCCUGACAGAGUGUACCAAGCUUCUUCAGUUCCUCAGUUAAUGAUAGCUACAGUUUAUGGAGGCCUUCAACUGCAGCAAGUAGGUAACGCCAGCCGUGUUGGUGGGUCUGCCUCAGGACUCUGAGAAAUGACUGUUGCCUCCGGUGGCCAUGGGGAAGAAGCUGGUGAUGGCCCAGAAGCGCGGAGAGACGCGAGCCCUCUGCCUGGGGGUGGCGAUGGUCGUGUGUGCCGCCAUCACUUACUACAUCCUGGGUACCACUGUGCUGCCCCUCUACCAGAAAAGUGUGUGGACCCAGGAAUCCACCUGUCACUUGGUUGAAACCAACAUCAAGGACCAGGAAGAGCUGGAGGGCAGGAAGGUGCCCCAGUACCCAUGCCUUUGGGUCAAUGUAUCAGCUGUGGGCAGAUGGGCCAUGCUGUAUCACACAGAAGACACUCGGGAUCAAAACCAACAGUGCUCCUAUAUCCCCAGGAACCUGGACAACUACCAGACAGCCUUGGUUGAUGUGAAGAAGGUCAGAGCCAAUUUCUACAAACACCAUAAUUUCUAUUGCUUUUCUGCACCUCAAGUCAAUGAGACCAGUGUUGUGUACCAGCGCCUCUAUGGGCCCCAAAUCCUCCUCUUCUCCUUCUUCUGGCCCACCUUCCUGCUGACUGGUGGCCUUCUUAUCAUUGCCAUGGUAAAGCUCAACAGGUCCCUCUCUGUCUUGGCAGCUCAGAAGUAGACCAAUCUCUUCUGCACAGCAGCAUGGAGUCACCAGGAACGGCAGGGGUCCCGGGCAGGCAUAAUUCUCUUCCUCUUGUCCUCCAUUUAAUUUGUUCAACCUCUUUGGACAAUCAUUUCUUGCUCAAGAAUGUUUAACAGCUCUCUCCGGUUGACUUCGAAGGGCAAAGGAACUGCCAGUCACAGCUCUCGAUCCCCGGCUUCAGUUGGCUCACAUCUGUUACCUGCUAUGUCACUGUCUACUCCCAAGACGAUGAAUAUCGUCACCUCUGUCCCUAUGUGCUCUCUCUUAGUUCCUCAGAUACCCACCUUUGACAUCCAGGAUGCUGUCCUUGGCCAAAUUCAGCUUCUUUGAAUUGUCAUAAAAGCCAUAGCUCUCAUUUACUGGUCAACUGAGUAGCACUAUUUGUUAAGGACAUCAACACACACACACACACACACACACACACACACACACACACACACACACACAUUAAAAUUUAUUCUAAAAUUAAAACAUAAUGCUGUCCUUCAGUAUCCACCGGGACCAGUUCUGUGACUUGCUCAGAUGGCAAAAAUCCCUUCUAUACAGUGAUGCAGUCUGCGUGGCAGCACUGUCUGCCUUCCUGUGUGCUGCAUAGUAUCUCCAGAUGACCAGUAAACACCCACUACAGUGUCAAUGCCGGAAGUGACUUCAUUCUAGGGAGUAAUGAUGAGGAAGAGUCCAUCCAAGCUCACAGCAGAUGCAAUUAUUACCCAAACACUCUCAAUCUGCACUUGAUGGAAUCCAAUGGGGCAGAACCUGCCGAUACAUAUUUGAGCAUAUACGCACAGUAACAAAAGUCUGUGAGGAAAUAAAUGCAAGUGCUUCAAAUUCUAAUCAUGAGAUGGUGGUUAGUUUUAAUUUUCUUCCUUAACCCCGCUCCUUGUUUCUGUUAUUUUCAUUCUUCAGUAAUAGGAAGAUUAUACAAUGUUUUGUUUGGUUUUAAUGAGAAAAGUAAUGCACAGCUGUUAUUUUUGGAAAGCAUUGAAAGGGGCUACCUCAAGGAGAUGAGGAUGGGCUGCAAGAGGCUCUUUCUCCCGUCAGAGACAAGCAGGGAAGACAGGGUUGUUGGGCUCCCUGAUGGAAGAAAGGCGCUUACUUAGACGAGGUUUGCAGAUUCCUGUUCUAGAUGCUUCCAACGUGCCCCCUGUAGACACAGGUGUUGGGCACUUAACACAGUUCGUGUUCAUGGCAUUCAGAUAUAAUUGGAAUUAGAAUUGUGCCCCCCAAGAUGGCACCAUUGGCUUUACAGCAACAUGGAGAGAGAGAGAGAGAGAGAGAGAGAGAGAGAGAGAGAGAGAGAGAGAGAGAGAGCACUGAGGUAACAUGUUGUGCAGCCUUGCCUUUCAGUGCUCUCUCCACAUGCAGAUGAACAGCAUCAUUACAUCACCACAUUGGAUUUGACACUCCUGCCCAGAGAUCCCAGAUACCGUCUGUGGCCUUCGGGUUUCUUAUCUAUGGCCCCUCCUUUCAAGGACAAGUAGCUCAUCAUUCCCCAAAGCAUCCCCCUCCAAGGUCAGGAACUCCAUAUUCUGAUAUUGCGGUAUAGUUUGCAAGACACUACUACUGGGUAGCAGGGCUCUCUCUGUAUUAUUUCUUACAACAACAUAUGAAUCUAUAAUUAUCUCCCAAACUCGAACUCUAUUUAAAAAUAGAAAGCAAAGGUUCCAAUAAGGAGUCCGACUUUAAAGGGUUACUGUCUGCAGGUUUCCAAGUACCUGCAUUUGGGACUGAAAGACACAGAAACUCAGAAUAUCCAAACAGCAGGAGAAGAUGACACAUCCUUCUAGAAGAAUUAGUGUGCAGGGAUGCCCAGCUCCCUUGCCCCAUGCAUUAGUCAUGAUGACCUUCAUUUUCUUUGGGAGAAAUGUUGCCCUCCUGUCAACAAGGACUGGCCUACUUCCAUCAAAAGCCACACCCAUCUGUUCUCACAGAACUGCACAGGCAGCCUGAGUGUGAAACCAUGGGCAUUUGAGCAUGAUGGAGUUAGAUGUGGGGAAAGAUGCUCUUGGCACCAGUGGCUGCCUAGGAACGGAGAGGCCUCACCUGCCCUGAACAGGUCACUGCUAAUGAGAAUUGGAUGUUUUCUGUAUUCUUGCACUGGUUCUCAUGGCUAUGACUCAUGUCUGCAAAGGAAUACCUGACCCACUCCUCAGGUGUCCUUUCUCCUAAAUCAGACACCACAUGGGGAUCAGAGGUUACAGGAUCCCCAAGCUUCUGAUCUGAAGUAGAAAGGGUCCUUGGGAGACAUCCCAGUAGUGCCCGCUCUUCAGCCAAGGCUGUGACUCAGAGAAAGUAGGUCCCUUCCAUGUGUGAAUGUUACAAGGGAGAAGCUUGUUCUGCUCUCUCUAAGGCUGAAGCCUGGAAGGGGCAGGGAUAUGAGUCAGAUACAUGGUUGCCUUCAAGGAGCUGUCUGUCUUCUUGCUCUGCCCUCGACCCCAUCACUACCACUGGGGUCUCUUCCUUGUGGUAAAGAACUCAAUUUGUGGGCAUCCGAAAUCCUGUAAUAUAGAAACCUUAAUUUUUGUGAUUCACUAAAAUGAUUUCAGGUUCCUCACUAAAUCAGUGGUUCUCAACCUGUGGGUCACAACUCCUCCGGGCAUUGAGCAACCCUUUUCACAUUGGAAAAGACCAUUGGAAAGCACAGAUAUUUACAUUACAAUUCCUAACAAUAGUAAAAUUACAGUUAUGAGGUGGCAACAAAAAUAAUUUUAUGGUUGGGGGGUCACCACAACAUGAAGAACUGUACUAAGGGGUCACAGCCCUAACCUACAUGCUUCACCCCAAGAUUCUCCUGCUGUCAACCACCUUGGAUCAGUCGAUUGCAAAGUGCAUUGCUGACCGUGACAGGUGGUUGGUAAGAAUGAGCGAUGCCCUCCCUUUCCUCUUGUAUUUGGAGGAAUUUGAAUUCUAUGAAAUAUUUGGGAAGAUUCCACUUGAGCAGGAGCAACUGUUGUGUUCCCCACCAGUCAAGGUCUUUUCACAAGCAGACGAAGGAGAACCAGCCAAUCCAGGCUAUAAGCAUGGAGAACUUCCCUAGAGUGUAGGGUAGCUGUUUUUAAACUGCCCUUGGGUAAGGAUACUGAGGUGGAAAUCAUGUCUUUUCUUAUUUGUUCUCCUAAAAACAUGUUGGCAGAAAUUCCGGAUCAAGGCAGUGUGAUAUACAUAUCAUAGCUGAUCAAAUAUGGAACAUUGAUUGGACUCCAACUGUUUGGUUAAGUAGACAUUAAAUAUAUUUUCAAAAAGCAUUCGACAGAAGCAGGAAAGAUGCCUCAGUGGUUAAGGGUGUGUGUGGCUCUUGGAGACAGCCUGAGUUUGAUUCCUAGCUCACAUCUGCCUGUAACUCCAGCUCCAAGGGAGUUCCAUGGGCACCUGCACUACUCAUUUACACACAUUCACGCAUAUACACACAGACACACAGACACACAGACAAACACACACACACACACUUAAAUAAAAUAUAAAACAAUGAGCUUUCUCUUGGUUAAUUUUUGGAAGAUAAAAUUAUUUUUCACAAAAUGCUUUGUAACAUGUGAUAGAUUUAUUACUUUAAAAUAAAGCAAUUGAAAUGAAA